AUGCGGCUUCUGUUUCCCCUGGCGGUAGUGCUGGUAUUGUGUGUAACAACACAGCACGUAACUGGCCAAGAUCUCGAGGAUAAUGAUUUUGCCGAAUUCGAAGACUUUGAUGACGAUGAAUUUGUAAUGGGAGAAACACACCAACCAGGCCAACAACAGGCACAGCAACCACAAGGAGCUGGGGACGGACGACAAGGCAAUGAGCCAGGCAAGGGUCAAUCGAAGAAUGUCCCAGCUUCGCAGGAUAAUGAAGACUUCAUGGAGAUGGAUGACGAUCAGGCUGACGAUGACGGUAUCGUGGAAGACGAGGACAGCGAGUUCGAACAUUUCCAGGAUGAGGAAGAGUUUGAGGGGUUUGCUAGUACGAUCGGCGAUCAGGAUGAGUUGCGACAAGGCGAACCGGUUGGAAAGCAUGCCGAACCGAAGCUAACCAUCCCGAAGGUUCCGAUACAUUUCCGCACACACUGGGACUCGUACUGGAUGGAAAUGCUUAUGCUGGCCGGACUGAUGGCUUACUUUGCGAACUAUUUGGUGGGCAAUAAGAAAAACUCGGCCAUCGCCAACCAAUGGCUAUCGAUACAUCGCAGCCUGCUAGAGGACAAUUUUGCGCUAGUCGGUGACGAUGGCAAGAAGGAAACGGAAGGUUCCACAUUUACCUUCAACAAAGAAAGCGAAAGUGUCUACACCCUUUGGUGCAGUGGACGCACCUGCUGCGAAGGUAUGCUUGUGGAGCUGAAAAUGAUCAAACGACAGGAUCUGGUGUCGCUGAUUGCUGGCGUCAUGAAGCCGGUACAGGAUCAGCUGCAUAUCAAGGUAGAACUGUCGGCAGAUGCGAUUGAUAACUUUGUGUUCUGUGUGGCCAGUCGGAAACAAGCUACCAAAAUGUUCAAAGAGCUCAACGACUUGAACAAAUUCUGUUGUCUAGUCAGCAAGGCCGAGGAUAAGUACAAUAUUCCCGGGUUUGCGUUGUUAUCGGAGAUUGCCGAGGUGUCGACCGGCAUAUUAGAUAGUAGAGUAGUAGCAGCUUUAAAUAAGUACUCGCACCUGAUCGAUUACAUUCACCUGUCGGAUCAAUACAGUGGUCCGAUACAGCAGGAAGACCCGAACCAGCUGAAGCGUCCGGAAGUUCGGCGUAUACUGCACUGCGGAUUUAAUGUUCCAGUUAAAGGCGAUUUAGAAGAAAUGAAACCUUUGCUAAUACUCGUGUUUUACCUGAUGGAUCGUGUGCGUCGCUUCAAACUUUCGAAGGAGGCCAAAGCUAAGUCGGAUAAGAAUCGUGCUGCCGUGGAGGAAGAGUUCAUGAAGAGCACUCAUCAGGCUCGUGCCGAAGCAGCUGCACUGCGUCGUGAAGAAAAACGUAAGGCUGAAAAGGAGAAAAUCCUCGCCGAAGAAGACCCAGAGAAGCAACGGCGCUGGGAAAAGAAGGAACAGAAACGCCAACUCAAAAAGCAAGCUCCCAAGAUGAAGCAGCUUUCCAUAAAGGCUCUGUAA